AUGAUGAGUGUCGCGAUAUUGAGGCGGAGCGGGCUGAGGAAGCCUUCCAACAUCCUACUCUUCGGCCUGGUCAUAGCGGACAGCAUGCUUCAGUUGAUGACCAUGAAUUUCUCAGAGAUUCUGGAGUACUUUGGCCCCGACAUGGAGUAUCCCGAUCUGUGCGGGUGGCAGUACAGUGAGGGGGUGAACUACUUUCUACUGGUCUGCCUCAUUCUUUACUUCUUUCUGAGCUCAUGGGGCCAGUAUGUCAGCACGACCAUCGCCAUGGUCAUCACUCUGGAGAGAUUUCUCGCCGUCUACAUGCCAAUGACAUUUAAAAAGGUAGUGACCACUAAAACCGCUAUAGCCAGUGUUGUUCUCUCCUUCCUCAUCUGGCUGCCCUGGUCAGCUUAUUACUUGACCGCAAUGGACGUGUAUGUCCAGCACUCAAAGGUCAUGUUCUUUGCUUCGGGUGGAGUCAACGUCGGGAACCUGGACGCUUACAACAUCUUCUAUUUUUUCGUCUCGGAUAUCUUCUCCUCCUGGGUGCCGAUCUCCAUCGUCAGCAUCGGCUGCACCCUCAUCGCCUUCAAAAUCAAACUGACCCUCCGAGAUCGGAGGAAGAUGACCUCGAAUCAAGACAAUGUCAAAUGGUCAAUGAGGACGACGACGACUUUGUUGACCACAUGUCUUGUGUUCGCUCUGACUCGCAUCAUCUACUCUUGUAUCAAUUAUUUCGUAGCUGACCUACCCUCGGCUACUCUCUAUCUCAUGAUGGAGUUUAUGAACACAUCUCUUCUAAUAGAUGCCUCCAGCAACUUCUUUGUGUACAUUGCGACUAACAAAAAACUUUUCAAUACAUUCAUAGAGAUUCUGUACAGGAAAUCUCCAAGAAACCGUUUUCCGUAG